AUGGCAGAGAUCGCCCUCGAGCUAGACAUCCCCGUUGAGCAUGUGCUCAGCCCGUGGGCCCCAAUGAUCCCUGCGAGAAACACCCUCCUGAUCCGAUUGGCCAUGGGAAAGAGCGGAUGUGUGCGACAAACCAAAAUGACGUCGAUCUGUGUGGAAAACCACUAUCCCGAGUGCAGCAACGAGGUGGACGAUGGCGUCGUUGAGUUCAACGUCGACGACGAACAAUUCGAGGUUGGGCUUGACGCCACGCAUUUUGGGCCCGAUGACAUUACGAUGAAGAUUACCGGCCGGACAGUCGAGCUCGUUUUCGAGACAAAGUUGAAACUUGACGAUGCCGGCGUCGUUGUGCGCAAGGAAGCAAGGCGGUAUGAACUACCCGACGAAGUGAACCCACUGUCCAUCACCGGCAAACUGAUUCAUCACACCUACUAUGUACGCGGUCUCAUGUACAGUACCCACGACCAA